AUGGUUAAGGAUUAUGAAAUUUCCGACUUGCCUAUAGAAAUCAUUCAUCACAUCAUGUUCUUUUUGCCAGUAACAGAUGCCAUUCAUAUUAGUGUGUUGUCAAAAAGAUUCAAUCAUGCAUGCCGAACCUUUCAGGUUAUGGAAUUUGAUCAAGUGUUGUUCUUCAUGAAGAGCAAAGGGACAGCCAACCAGUCGCAAGCGAGUGUAUAUGGAGAGAAAUUCAUUCAGAAAGCGAUGUUGAUGCGAUUCUCCAACUACAUGGACGAUUUUCUUCGUCGUCGGGAACCAGACAUUUUUCCAAAAAAGUUUAAGCUUCGAACUCUUUGCGUUCCCAACAUAGACAGAUACAUCGACUUUGCUUUAGAGAAGCGUGUCCAGGAUAUGGAAGUUAACUACGCUUUUCUUGGUACGCCCUUACCCAUCCAUUCAAGCAUUUUUGUUGCCAAAUCAAUAAGAGUUUUGAAGUUGACAGGCUUGGACUUGGGUCUUCCAAAUUUGAUUCUAAGCGACUCUUUGAUUGAGGAAUUGAGCCUCAACGACUGUUGUGUGCCCGAAACCAUUAGGGUUCUUAGCGAGAAACUAUUGUUGUUGAAGUUGGCAAACUGCAUGAAACUACGAGACAUCGAGAUUGAUGCACCAAAUCUUCAAUCUUUUACAUAUGAUGGCGGAUAUGAACCAUCUGAGAUCAAUGUGGGUGCUCUGAAAUCUCUAAAAUCCCUAUCAUUGAAGAACGCACUUAUCACAGAUAGUUGGAUUGAAGAGAAUGUCUUAAAAUUUAUUAGUCUUCAAAAUUUGUCAAUUAAUGGGUGCAGAAAUUUGAAGAAAGUUAAGAUCGCUCAUGGAAAGCUCAAGAACUUUGAAUUUGUUGAUUUUGGUAAUAAAGUGGAGCUCGAGCUCAAGCUUAUCACCCCAAGUCUAGUUUCAUUCUUCUAUACUGGCAUACUGCCCUUGCAUACUGUCAUAACUUCAACUCAAUUCAAAGCUAGGCUCUCCUUGACACAGAUUUCUGCCACUAUUGAAUGGUUUCUUGCAUUGAGACAUUUACUCGUACCCUUCAAUUAUUGUAAAGUAUUAACCCUUGAAUUCAAAAAGCAAGUGGUUUUCCCAGAAGAACUGAAAGAUAGAUGGAUUGCCCCUAUGUUUGGUCUCAAACAUUUGAGGGUAGAAGUUAAUUCAUGUUCAGUGAGUUAUAGAGACUUGGUGGCUUUCUUGCUUCAACUUUCUCCUCAUCCAAACACAUUGUCAAUUGUUCAAAGCUUCUAUUAUCGAGAUGUUGUAGAAAGGGUCAUCAAGUUCAAAUAUGCGAAGAAAGUAGCAGAAGAGGACUCAACUUGCUGCAAACACCUUCCGAUAAUUCAAGUAUGGUAUUGA